GCAAUUUAGUUGCCGUUUUGGUUACCUCUUAUCUUCAACACAAACAAGCGAUUCAAUUCUCCGACGAGCUAAAAUGGCUGCUGAUUAAGCUUAAUCAUCCGCCCCAUUUACAGGUGGAGCCACCCUCCACUACCUUCCUUUACCUCAACCUACUUUCUCUGAGCUGCCCCCAAUGAGAUCGGCGACACUUCUCCAUUCCCCCUUCUUCUUUCUUCCCGUUCAUGGCUUCACCUCUUCGACAUCCAAGAACCCCAUUCUGUUUGUCUCGCACUGUAAGUUUAAACCCACUUUCUUCAAUUUGCGAGCUAAACCUGACCGGUUGGUUGUAUUUUGUUAUCGGGAUUCUGAGAAAUCUGUUCGAGAUGAACAAUCUGUGGGGGUCGAAGAUUCGAAUGGGGCUUUGAUGGAGGAGAAUGUAGAACGAAAUCAAUGGAAUGUGGAAGUGGGUAGCCCUGGUGUUGGUUUUAGGUCGCUUCCCAGAUUGAACUUGAGCGAUAAGGCUUUUCUUCUCUUGACAUUCAUUGCCCUAACGACUUCUGUGGCAUUUACAAGCCUUGUCAUUGCAGCUGUCCCAACGCUUAAUGCAAUGCGCAGAGCAGCCAUUUCACUUUCAAAGCUAGCUGACACAGCUCGGGAAGAACUUCCUGGUACAAUGGCUGCCAUCAGACUUUCUGGCAUGGAGAUCAGUGAUCUGACUCUUGAACUAAGUGAUCUAAGCCAGGAAAUAGCCGAUGGGGUAAACAAAUCUGCUCAGGCUGUCCAAGCAGCAGAAGCUGGAAUUCGCCAGAUCGGUGCACUCGCCCACCAACAAACUAUGUCAAUGAUUCAAGAGAGAGCAAGCCUGCCAAUUAUUUCUUUGCAGCCUGUUGUUGCUGGAGCUGCAAAAAAGACUUCUCGUGCCGUAGGCAAAGCUACACGGACCAUCAUGAAAAUGAUCUCAGGAGGAGAAAAUAUGGAGAAUGAUGAUGAUAAUAGUUUAGAUAGACUGGAAGUUUAAGUUUACUGAUUCCUUGCUUGAAAUCGAAAUCAUGGUGUAAAUAUCACACGAGCAUAGAUCAUGUACUUGUCAAUACGAAGACCCAAAAUACGCAUGUUCAGACAUUCAAAGUUUGAAAAUCUUUAAACAAAGACAUCAAUCAGCUUUACUUUUUUCCCCACUUGAUUCCAGGGACUGUCUAGGCUGUGUAAUUUGUUCUGAUCUGUUGGAGACAAGUGGGUAAAUGAUGGUCUGAUAUUUUAUCAAAUGGCAGGGAGUAAUGUUUACAGCUCUUACAAAUCAUAAAGGUGAGAGUUGAGGAGAAAAUUUGUGAACUUUCAUAUCAUUUAUGAUAUCUCACCUUUGAGAGGAGGAAACUGAAGCUAAUGAGAUUAGCUGGGAAGAAAAAAGAACAAUGAGUCAAAAACCAGUUCAAAUUAUUCCAGAAAAAUGAAGAUCGGCCAAACUGUAUUCGGCUUGGGCCAUUGAGAAGAAAUGUUUGGAAAGGAUCAGAUGGGAAAAUACUCAUUGUUAUCAGGGGCAAAACGAAUGUAACUAGAAGUUUGUCGCUGUUUGAUAUAUGAAAGAGUACCUUGAAUUUAUAUCCAGCAGUUAUUUAGGAGACAUGUAAAUUUUUUAAUUCACGUUAUUAUGAAGUAGUCACAUUGUGGUGAA